AUGUGCUUUACAUGCCAGUGUUUUCAGUCAAGUCUUGAGUCAAGAGCCUGCUUAACCAUAGCUGUGGCACAAAAUCAGAGGUUAAAAGCAUGCAGUCAGAAGAGGAAAAGGCAGACAGAAAUAGAAGGGAAGAGACAACAGCUUGAGGACCAGAUACUUCAGCUGCAGCAUUUCAAGUCAAAAGCUCUUCGAGAAAAAUGGCUGCUACAGGGAAUUCCUGCUGGCUCUGCAGAAGAGGAAGAAGCCAGAAGGAGGCAGUCAGAAGAGGAUGAACUGAAGGUGAAAAAGUUGGAAGAAAACAUACACAGGCUGGAACAAGAAAUACAGAAAUUAGAAAGUGAGGAGUCCCAAAUAUCUGCCAAAGAACAAAUCAUUUUGGAGAAGCUAAAGGAGACUGAGAAAUCCUUUGACAAGCUGCAAAAGGGUUUCUCAAACCAGGAUGGUGAUGCAGUAAAUUACAUUUACUCCCAGAUCCCUGAACUCCCAACCCUCUAUUCACGAACAGCAGAGCCAGUUCCUGGGUGGGACGGAGCAAGCAGAGUAGCUGCUUUGUGCACCAUGGAAAUUAAUGUGGAGAAAGACAAACAGACAGGAGAGACCAAGAUUGUCUCUGCUUCAUCUAUUGGCCCAGAUGAGGCCCAUCAAAGAGGAUUCAAAGUCUAUGAUGAUGGUACCAAGGUAGUCUAUGAGGUUCACUCUGGUGGCACAGUGGUAGAAAAUGGAGUACAUAAAUUAAGCUCAAAGGACGUAGAUGAACUUAUGCAAAAAGCUGGACAAUCAAGUGUAAAAGGAGGGUAUGAAACAAUGACUGUGUCAGACAGAAACGCAGUAGUCGAUGGAAACCUUAGCCAUAUGAAGGAGCAAAUGCUCUUCAAAGAGGCAAAGCUGGAAAUGGUACACAAACCCAGCAAAGGGCAUCCUGUGAACCCUCAGCUCCAAGACAAAUCCUGCGGUGGCAAAGCCCCAGAGGCCAGCACAGAUCAGCCAGUAACAAUGAUAUUUAUGGGCUACCAAAACAUCGAUGAUGAAGAGGAAACAAAGAAAGUGCUGGGCUAUGAUGAAACCAUCAAGGCAGAGCUGGUCCUGAUUGAUGAAGAUGAUGAGAAGUCAUUGAGGGAGAAGACAGUGACAGACGUCUCCACCAUGGAUGGGAAUGCUGCUGAGCUGGUCUCUGGUAGACCACUGUCAGACACAACAGAGCCCUCCUCUCCUGAGGGGAAGGAAGAGAGCCUGCCCUUGGAAGCUGCCCCAGGCACAGGAGAAUUGGAUGUGCUGCCAAGGAACCCACUAGGACCAUGCUUCUGUGAAAGUCCUGAAGCUGAGGAGGGUGCAGGGAAAUCUUCCAGAAUCCCUGAGGAUGACAUCAGGUUGAGAAAAAACAGAGACCAAAACUGUGCCAAUUUCUUGGAGCCAGCUACUGUGCUUGCUACAAAGGAAGAGAAAAUGGAAAUUGAAGUUCCAGUUUCUGAACAUAAAAGCAUCACCACAGUGGCUUCACCGCAUCCCAUAGACAAUCCAACCCGUUUCUUUUCCCCUGCUGCCAGCCACAAUGGACUUAAGGACAGGCAUGAAUCUCUGGACAGUGAAGUUGCUAAAGAAAUCAGAUACUUAGAUGAAGUGCUGGAGGCAAAUUGUUGUGAUUCUGCUGCAGAUAAUACCUUUAAUGGGACAUCCUCCCCUGAACUAAGUUCAGUCUCCGUUAUGGAUGGAUCAGGAGCAUCUGUUAAUGUCAGUAAUGAUUCAGUAUCCAGUGAAAGGGAAGAAAAUGUAGCCAACAAGCAAGCACCUUUGGUAGUUGAACCAUGUGAUGCUAGCAAAACAGAUGAAAACCCAAAAUCUAAUGGCCAUUCCUUGGGUGGAGUGAAAGAGGACACUAGGGAGAGUCUGAAGGUGCCAGGAAGUCCCACUUCUUCAAACAGUUCUAGAAGAUCCUCUAAAGAUGGAGAAACAACUCUUACUACCCUUAAGAAAGAGGCUAAGUUUGAACUACGAGCCUUCCAUGAAGACAAAAAGCCCUCAAAGCUCUUUGAAGAUGAGGAAGAGAAAGAAAAAUACAGGGUCCGUAAAGUGAGACCAUCAGAGGAAAUGAUGGAACUUGAAAAGGAAAGAAGGGAACUCAUUAAAAGCCAGGCUGUCAAGAAAAACCCCAACAUUGCCGCCAAAUGGUGGAACCCUCCCCAAGAGAAGACUCUGGAGGAUCAACUGGAUGAGGAGCAUCUAGAAUCCCACAAGAAGUACAAGGAACGCAAGGAGAGACAGCAGCAACAAGGUGCAACACCAACAUCCUCCAGACAGGUCAGCUGCUCCUUUGUGCCUACAGAGCUAGUUAAUAUCAAGAAAGAGGAUAUUGUUACAGAGCAAAUUGACUUCUCAGCUGCCAGGAAGCAGUUCCAGCUGAUGGAGCAUUCAGGUCCCUCUCAGGGUCAGGCCCCAUCGAGGCGGUCAGGAACACCCAAAAUGUUCUCCAUCAAGCCCUUCUACAAAAGCCUCAAUCCUUCACAGGUAGACAGGCCACUGUCCUCCGUGACAAGACCCGUUUCAGUGUAUGGGCAGACAGGACAGCCUGAUUGUAACAAUGCCACUGUUGUCAAAGCACAGAAGGUCUCCUGUACCUCAGAAGAUGACACAAAUGCUCAGACUACCACUGCUGACCCAGUGCAAGAGUUGCCAUGCAGUGAUAGUCCCAGAGCUGGACAAGCCUCAAAACUGUGGGCAGAGGAGGGAGAAUUCAUGAGCGCAAGAGCAGUCUUGACAGUGGUGAAAGAUGAGGGACAGAACGUGCUAGACCAGUUCCCAAAGUCAGGCAGCGCUUCUUCGCCUCCUGAGGAGCUUGACUCUGGCCUGGAUGACUUGUCUGUCAGGUCUCAGGAUACUACUGUCUUGGAGACCCUUUCUAAUGAUUUCAGCAUGGAUAACAUCAGUGACAGCGGUGCCUCCAAUGAAACCAUGAGCGCCCUGCAGGAAAGCUCACUGGCUGAUUUCUCCCUGCCUCAGACACCGCAGGCUGACACUCCAGCGGAGGGCAGGGGAGAAGGCAUCCCCAAGUCAUUCAGUGACCCAGGCUGUGACUCACCUUCCUCUGCCUUGGCAGACUCCAUGCUGAUUGAUGACCAGCUGGAGUACCAUGCUGGCCUACUGGUUCAAAAUGCCAUCCAACAAGCCAUAGCUGAGCAGGUGGAUAAAACAAACUGCAAGGAAGAAGAAAUCACGGCAGAGAAGGAGAUUUUGUUCAGAGAGCAGCCAGCCACUACCAGGCCAGCUCCAUCCUCCAAGGAGCAGCAGAACCCAAUGUUUGAACCACCCCAGGUGUCUUCACCUGUGCAGGAAAAAAAGGAUACUAUACCAAAGACUUCAAAAGAGGAAGACUCAGGACUCAGGGAAGGGAAGAGUUCACAGCAGUCGCCCGUGUACUCAGCCAGCCAGCCGUUCCUUGUGGAGGAAAACAGGCAUGAAGUCAGCUAUUUCAGCAAGUACUCAGAGGCAGCUGAGCUGAGGAGCACUGCCUCCAUCCUUGCCACACAGGAGUCUGAAGUAACCGUGGGCCCUUUCAAGUUACGGUCGAGGAAGCAGCGGACUUUGUCAAUGAUAGAAGAAGAGAUCAGAGCUGCCCAGGAACGAGAAGAGGAGCUGAAGAGGCAGCGGCAAGGUCUGCAGGUGGCACCAAGCCCUGUUAUGAAGAGCGCUCCACCCAUGCCCACCAGAACUGUGUCUUACAAAACUGCACCAGGGAAGAUAGAGAAGAUCAAACCUCCUCCAUCCCCUACCACGGAAGGCCCUGUCUCGCAGUCUGACCCGCUGUCUGAGGAGCCUGCAGGAGCCCAGCGACCCAAGAACUUGAUGCAGACCCUCAUGGAGGAUUAUGAAACACACAAAACUAAGAGACGAGAAAGGAUGGACGACAGCAGUUACACCUGUAAAUUACUGUCUAGCAAGGUUACUUCUGAGGUCCUCGAGGCAACCAGGGUGAACCGCAGAAAGAGUGCUCUGGCGCUUCGUUGGGAAGCCGGAAUUUAUGCCAACCAGGAGGAGGACGAAUAACCACGCUGCAGCGUGAAGACAGU